AUACGAGCAAGCCGGGGGACCAUUGGAGGCUAUUUCCUCGCUGGACGGUCCAUGACUUGGUGGCCUAUUGGGGCAUCCCUGAUGUCAAGCAAUGUGGGCAGUGGCUUAUUCAUCGGCCUGGCGGGCACUGGAGCAGCUGGGGGCCUUGCUGUUGGGGCCUUUGAGUGGAAUGCCACCUGGGCACUUCUGGCUCUUGGCUGGAUCUUUGUGCCUGUUUACAUCGCAGCAGGAGUAGUCACCAUGCCUGAGUACCUGCAGAAGAGAUUUGGAGGGCAGAGGAUACAAAUCUACAUGUCCAUACUGUCCCUGAUUCUCUACAUAUUCACCAAGAUAUCCACAGACAUUUUUUCCGGAGCAUUGUUCAUCCAAAUCUCUUUGGGCUGGAACCUCUACUUGUCCACUGUGGUCUUGCUAGCAGUGACUGCUGUCUACACCAUAGCUGGUGGUUUAACAGCUGUGAUUUACACGGACGUGCUGCAGACCGUGAUCAUGGUGCUGGGAGCUUUGGUCCUCAUGUUCAUAGGAUUUGAGAAAGUUGGCUGGUAUGAAGGACUUCAGGAGAAAUACAGCACAGCAAUACCAAAGAUCACAGUCCCAAACACGACCUGUCACCUCCCACGUGCAGAUGCCUUUCAUUUGUUCAGGGAUCCCAUCACAGGAGACAUUCCUUGGCCUGGCCUUAUAUUUGGUCUCUCUGUGCUGGCUCUUUGGUGCUGGUGCACUGACCAGGUGAUAGUCCAGAGGUCUCUCUCUGCCAAGAACCUUUCCCAUGCCAAAGGUGGAUCGGUGCUGGGAGGAUAUCUGAAAAUCUUCCCUAUGUUUUUCCUUGUCAUGCCAGGGAUGAUCAGCAGAGCUCUUUACCCAGAUGAAGUGGGCUGCGUGGACCCAGACAUCUGUAAAAGGGUUUGUGGAGCUGCAGUGGGUUGUUCCAACAUUGCCUACCCCAAACUGGUGAUUGAACUCAUGCCUGAUGGGCUCCGGGGUUUGAUGAUUGCAGUGAUGAUGGCAGCCUUGAUGAGUUCCCUCACCUCCAUUUUCAACAGCAGCAGCACUCUCUUCGUUAUAGACAUCUGGCAGCGGAUCCGCAGACAGGCUUCAGAGCAGGAGCUGAUGGUUGUGGGCAGAGUGUUUAUCGUCAUUCUUGUGGUCAUCAGUAUUCUCUGGAUCCCAAUCAUUCAAUCAGCCAACAGUGGAAAGCUCUUUGACUACAUUCAGUCCAUAACCAGCUAUCUGGCCCCACCCAUCACAGCUCUCUUCAUCCUGGCAAUCUUCUGCAAGAGGAUUAAUGAGCCUGGUGCUUUCUGGGGCCUCAUGGUUGGGCUGGCUGUUGGUCUGGUUCGGAUGAUCAUCGAGUUUAUUUAUAGCACACCGUCCUGUGGUGAGGAGGACAGAAGACCAGCUGUGCUAAAGGACUUGCACUACCUCUACUUUGCCCUCAUCCUCUGUGUCCUCUCUGCGAUUGUCAUCGUCCUUAUUAGUGUCUGCACCCCACCGAUCCCUGAAGAAAAGCUCUCAUGCCUGACUUGGUGGACCAGACACAGAAAAGCACCUGCCAUUGACCUGAAAAACUGCAAGAGUGAGGCAGCACAGAUCAAUUCAGCCAAUGGAGAGAACGACUUGGUCAAAAGUGCAGAGUCAGGCGACAAGGAGGAGACAGCAGCCAAGCCUCCCUACUGGAAAAUGGUGUAUUUGUGGUUCUGUGGUCUUUCCACCAGCCCCACGCCCACCCUGUCCCAGGAGGAGAGAGCUGCCCUGGAGCAGAGACUCACCAGCAUUGAGGAAAAGCCCCUGUGGAAGACUGUUUGCAAUGCCAAUGCUGUUCUCCUGCUGGCCAUUAAUGUCUUCCUGUGGGCAUAUUUCAGCUGAGGUGGGGUCAGGAAAGGGGUGGCUUUGGUUUCUCCCACCUUCCUGUCUAAGCUGGAAGCAUCAGGUGACAGAGCCCCUGGUGAUGGUCCCAGGAGGGACCCACUGGCAUUCUGUGGCACAGCCCUUCCCUGGAGGCACUGCUUGCUGGGAAUGACUGUGGGGCUCAGUUUCCCCAUAGGGUGAGACCAAGACUCAACACUGGUCAUGUCUGGGAUGUGGGCCAAGUCUGGAGGUCUGGGGUCCAGUUUAAAGGUGCAAAGCCGAGCCCAGCAAGGAGCAAAGGCUUUGGAAAGCCCAGCUAUGGCUGGGUUCUCUCUCAGGGCUGACUUUGCACCGAUGCAUUUGGGGGAAGGACUUCUGGUUUACACUGGUGUGCAGAAUGAGACUUAAACACACUGCAGCUUUUUUAUAUGGCUAAAAUUCGAAUAGGGUCAGUAGGGGACCACUGAAUUAGCUCAGCAGUGACAACCUUGGCUCCCCAGCAACCCCAGGAUGUGUGUUGGACCCCUUCCACCCCACCCCUCCUGCCUUGCUGGCAUCAGCAGUGGGAACAGGGAGCUUCUUCCUGCUUCCCGAGCCCCCCAUCCUGCCCACUCUGCUGUGUGACAGUGGGUCUCACAACAGCCCCAGCCUAU